AAAAAGAAAAAUUACCUAGUAUUUACGAAAAAGGGGAAGGAACUAUUUAUUUACGAGCCAAAGUGCAAAUUUUUUCCGCCCACGAAUCAACCUUAGUAGCCCAAAUUGCGGGAAUAAUUAAGGAUAAGAAAAUCUCGGGAUUAAAGAAAAUUGUCGAUUAUUCCAACCGAGGAAUUACUGAUAUUCGGCUUGAAUUUGACUCCUCUCAAUAUGAUGGUCAAGUAAUUCUUAACAAGUUAUAUAAGAAUACUCAGUUGCAAAUUAGUUUUUCGAUUAAAAUGCGAGCCUUGGUAGGAAGUGACCCUAAAAUUUUCUCCUUAACUGAAACCCUACAAGCGUUUAUUAGCAAACGUUUAGAAAAUAUUCGCCGCAAAUCUCAGUUUCUUUUCAAAGAAAAUCAAAAGGAAUUGGUUAGUUUAAAUACUCGGCUUUUUAUUAUUAAUAAUUACCAAGAAAUUGCGGAAAUAAUUAAAGGUUAUCCCACUGAGGAAGACCGCUACGAACAAUUAAAGCAAAAAUUUGUGGAAAUUAAACAAGGAAAAAUUAAGAUUGAAAAUAUUUUAAGCAUGUCGAUUAGUUUUCGCCAAUUUACUCCGGAAAAACAAGCUGAUUUAGCCAAGGAAAUAACUAAUUUAGAAACUGAGAACGAAGAAUUGGGACAAUUAAUUGCUAGCGAGGAAAAACGAAAAGAAAAAUUAAUUGCCGAUUUAGAACAAUUGAAAAAAGAUUAUGAAAAAGAUGCUCGUCGUACUCAAAUUAUUUCUGAUUCUCAUCUGAUUGAUGAAAGAAAAGCCAUUACUCCGGAAGAGAUAAUUAUUAUUCUCAGUCAGGGGGAAAAGAAAAAAUCUAAAUCAGAAACCGGAGAAAAGGAAAGUAAAUUAGCCAGUUAUUUAAAUAUUUACAAAAUUGAUUCUUUGGAUGCUACUAACAUUCCAAGGAAAAUUUAUAUUGUUCCUAUCUAUAAAUUAACUGACAAAAGCAUUAACUUAAAAGAAAGUGGUAUGCUGAAACUAGACCCCGGGGAACUUGUUGAACAAAUUAUUUCGGUCCGGGAAGACUUUUUAACUGAUGAAAACAAGCAAGAAAAAUAUUUAGUAAUUGGCACUAAGAAAGGAAAAAUCAAGCGUUUACCUUUGGAAAAAAUUGGUCGGGUGAUGAAGGGAGGAAAGAAAAUAAUUAAUAUAGUUAAGCAUCAUGAUGAAAUUAGUCAAGUCGCCUUUACUUCUGGUAAUGAUGAUAUAAUGGUAUUUACUAAGCAGGGAAAAAAUAAAAAUUUUGCGGAAGAAAGAAUGCGGGUGGUUGGUCGAGCCGCUUAUGGUGACACGGCGAUUAAAUUAGAGGAUAGUGGUAAAAAAGUUCGUUGUCUAAAACAUCAAACUCUUUUAGAACAGCACAAAACUGCUUCUUGUUGUGAUAAAAGCCAAUUAG